AUGAUCUCCCUAGGAAGCCCGGGUGCCUCUCCCCUUGGGCUGAUCUGCGUAUUGGGCGCCCUGUUGGCAGUCACUUAUCUUCUCGCCUUGGCGACCUGGCGGCUCUAUCUGUGUCCUCAGGCGCACAUCCCCGGGCCGACGUUGGCGAAGCUCACCUACUGGUACGAAUUCUACUACGACGUCGUCCUCGGCGGUCAAUACAUCUGGAAAAUCCGGACGCUUCACGAGCAAUAUGGACCGCUCCUGCGCAUCAACCCCGAGGAAGUCCACAUUGACGACGCCGACUUUUACGACCAGGUAUACGCCGGCCCCACGCACAAACGGGACAAAUGGACCUUUUUCACCAAUUCAAGUGGUCUGCCGCAGUCGGCCUUCGGGACCCCAGACCACAAUCUGCAUCGCAUGCGCAGGGCGGCAAUGAAUCCAUACUUCUCCAAGGCCAAAGUGCGGGCCUUGCAACCGCGCAUUCAGUCCAUUCUGGACAAUCUGAUGACUCGGUUUCGCGAGUUCCAGGAUUCCCGAGAGCCUAUGACGGUGUCGCUGGCGUAUGCCGCCCUUGCGAACGAUAUCGUCCAGGAAUACGCAUUUGCGCGCAGUGACAAUCGGCUACUGGCUCAUGACUUCGACCCAAGCUUCAAAGAGGCCGGCGAGGCGGGUGCCAAAAUAGGGCACUUCGUCAAACAAAUGCCGUGGGUGCUGACUCUGAUGAAAGUACUGCCGGACUCGGUGCAGAUCGCCCUGAACCCUGUCAUGGCAAGCUACAUCAAACUCAACAAGGACGUUAUCCGCCAUGUUUCCGAGAUCCACGCCCACCGCGGCAACCCCGACAGCAAAUACAAUGCCCAAAUGACCGUCUUCCACGCCAUCCUGCAGGGCGACUUGCCCGAGAAGGAGAAGUCCCCGGACCGCCUCUGGCAAGACGGCCAGGUCGUCGUCAUCGCCGGCACCCUGACCACCGCGGCAGCCCUCUCGGAAAUCACAUACCAACUGCUCCAGCAGCCGAACGAACUGCGCAGACUCAAGAAAGAGCUCGCAGACGCCAUCGCCGACCCGACGGUGCCCCUCGACGCAGUCAAGCUCGAGCAGCUGCCGUACUUGUCAGCGGUCAUCAAGGAAGGUCUUCGUCUGAGCAGCGGCAUCAGCACGCGCCUGCAGCGCAUCGCCACGGACGAAACGCUCAUCUACACGGCCAAGGCGCGAUCCAAAGACAAGGACAGCAAGAAACCCAGCACUGUCGCCAAGCAAUACGAGUACGUGCUCCCGCCGGGCAUCCCGCUGUCCAUGACGGGCCUGCUCAUCCACCACUCCCCGACCUACUUCGACGAUCCCAUGACGUUCCGCCCCCAGCGCUGGAUCGAUGACCCGAGCCUCGAGAGUUACCUCGUGCCCUUCUCGCGCGGCACCCGCGCCUGCGUGGGCCUCAACCUGGCGUACGCCGAGCUGUAUGCCACGGUGGCGACCGUGUUCAGUCAGUACGGGAGCCGCGAGGUGCGUUUCCCCCAGGACAGAGGAUUUCUCGAGCUGUAUAAUACGAGCUACAAGGAUAUCGAGAUCAUAGGUGACGGGGUCACGCCGCUGUAUCGCCCCGACAGCAAGGGCGUCAGGAUCACGGUUCAUAGAGUGUGA